AUGCGCUCCCUCAGCUAUGCCGUUGUAGCUCUCGCUGCUGUGCAAUCCGCCCUGGCAGCCAAGGAUAGCUGGGACGUGCUGGCUGCAGAGGCUCUCCAUAACCAGGUUGCCCACUACCACACCACAGCGAUGAACAGCACAUGCACACCGCAGACGGCGUCCGUUCGCAGAGAAUGGGGCUCCCUCUCCAAGCCCGAGCGCAGAGAAUAUAUCGACGCCGUGCUCUGUCUCGCGUCCCGACCCUCCCAGUCCGAUCCUGCCAUCGUGCCAGGCGCACGCAAUCGUUACGAUGACUUUGUUGCCGUCCACAUUAACCAGACCCACUUCAUCCACGGGACUGGAAACUUCCUAACAUGGCACCGUUACUUUACCUGGGCAUACGAGCAGGCCCUGCGUGAUGAGUGCGGCUACGCCGGCGACCUGCCGUACUGGGCGUGGAAUAAAUACGCGGCCGACCCGCUCCAUUCGCCGGUCUUCGACGGCUCGCCGUACAGCAUGUCCGGGGACGGGACGUACAUCCCUCACAACGGCACCGAAGCGGCGCCGGGUUUUGUCAUUGCUGCGGGGCACGGUGGGGGGUGCGUCGAGAUGGGGCCUUUCAAGAAUUGGACCGUGAACCUCGGCCCGGUCAAUCCGACGCUGCAGGUCCCCGGGGUCGCGGCGCAGAACGGCUCCGGGCUGGAGUAUAACCCGCGGUGUCUGCGACGCGAUAUUUCCGCCGACGCUGCGCGCUGGACCGCGACGCCGUAUGUGCUCGAUCUGAUCGUGAACAAGACGACCAUCACAACGUUCCAAGGCGACCUCCAGGGCGACUUUCCCAAGGGGUUAUUCGGCGUCCACGCUGGGGGUCACUUUACCAUUGGAGGAGACCCGGGUGGAGACUUCUUCGCCUCGCCAGGUGACCCGGUGUUUUUCCUGCACCAUGCUGCCAUCGACCGGCUGUACUGGACGUGGCAGAACCAGGCUCCGGCGUCGCGCAAGUACGUUGUUGACGGGCCGACCGUUAUGGGCGAUCUGUCAUCCCGGAACACGACGUUGGACGAUGUGGUGGAUAUUACUUUGGGGAAGCUGGCGAAGCCGAAGAUGAUUCGCGAGCUGGUGGAUACGUUGUCUGGGCCGUUUUGUUAUGUCUACGCUUAG